AAGAUUUUCGGUAUUCCGAAUUUUUAACCAUGAGCGAUUCCUUCAUGACGACAGUUUUCUUUGUGCUUGUCCUAAUUUUGUCGCUUGUGGUCCACUAUUAUUAUAUAACCAAUUUUACUCGGGUAGCAAGAUUAUGCAACAAAUUUCCGGGGGAUAAGCGACUUUAUCCAUUUUUAGGGAACGCAGUCUCUAUAAUGGGGCCAAUAACGGAAAUUCAAUCAAAGAUGACCGCAUACUGUGAAAAAUAUGGAAGAGUCUGUCUUUCAUGGUGGUUUUAUGAACCAAAGAUUUGCAUAGCUGAUGCAACAACUGUUGAGAAAAUCUUGUCCUCAUCAUUCCACAUUGAGAAGGGACCAGAGUACGAACCCUUAAAGGCUAAUUUGCAUGAUGGGCUGUUAACAUCCUCUGGGGAAAAAUGGCGAAGGGACAGAAAGCUUCUUAACCCUGGCUUUGCACGGCAGCAAAUGGAUAGAUUUGUUCAUAUUUGUAAUAAAAAGAGCAAAAUUUUGAUUGAGCGAUUGGCAGCACAAUUUAAGCAAUGUAAAAAUACUGGAGCAACAAAUUUUCUACCACACUUUACGAAUGUAGCAUUAGAAAUUGUUUUUGAGAGCGGUUUAGGUACAGAACUUUGUGUGCAAAGCGAUGGACAACAUUCUAAAUUUGCUACGAGCAUAGAAACAAUCGCUAGACUUUUACAGGUUCGCCUAUUUAAUCCUUGGUUGGUAAAAAUACCACUUUUAUUCAAGAUUUUCGGGUACGAGAAGGUAGAAAAAGAUGCAGUGGAAUACUGUACGCAGUUUGUUAAGAGGGCUUGGCGAUGCAAAAAGAAUGAAAUUGAAAUAGCUAACGAGACAUGUGCAAGUGAAAAAGGAGAUGAAGAGUGCAAUAUCAAAACUAAGAACAAACAUUUUAUCGACCUUCUACUUGAGGCGAACUUGGGAUCCGAAAAAUACUGCAUCGAUCACUUGACGACUUUAGUAAUUGCAGGUGCAGACACGACGGCAAAUUCAAUAAACAACACUCUGCUUUAUCUUGCGUUGAAUCCCGAGUGCCAAAAAUUAUGUCAUGAAACUAUUGAUUCAGUGUUUAGUCAAUACAAUGGAGACUUAACAAUUGGAGCCCUGUCAGAGCUCAAGUAUUUAGAAAUGUGUUGGAAAGAAUCGUUAAGAUUAUGGCCAGUAAUUAAUGGUAUAACUCGGAGAAUAAUGCGCGACAUUGAAUUGGAUAAUGGUCUAAUAAUUCCAAAAGGCUGUGAUGUCAUUAUUUCUCUAUAUGAUUUGCAUCGUGAUGCCAAAAUAUUUCCAAAUCCCAGCGUUUUCAAUCCAGAUCGCUUUACUGAGGAAGCUUCAGCUUCAAGAUCAUCCUUUGCUUGGAUACCUUUUGGAGCCGGAAUUAGAAAUUGCAUAGGUUUCAAGCAUUCCACUUUGGAGAGCAAAAUAAUACUGGCUCAUUUCUUGCGAAAAUAUCAAGUGUCCACGCCGCUGGUGGAACGACAAGUAAAAUUUGUGGCAGGAAUCGUUUCCUCUGCGCACCCAACAAUCAAACUUUCUUUGAUGGAAAGAUGCAUUUAAUGAACUUGACUUAUUCAUAUGAACUUAAUUCAUAUGACCAAAAACAGCAGAAAUAAAAAUACCUUUAUACAUACAGACAUGUCGUGUAUAUAUAAUAAUAAAAUAAAAAAUUUCCUGAUUUUUGAAUUACUCUUUUAGCUUUAUUUUUUGAAGUAUACAAUUAAAGUUUACAAAGGAAGGUCAAGAAUAUCACAUUCAGUCUCAACACAGAUUUCCAAGAGCCUGUUAUCCGUAUGGUAAAUUAUGGCACGUAGCUUAA